AACGAAGGCUUAUCUUUCUUCCAAAGAUUUUCUGUUUUUAACAAAUAUACAAAUGAAAAUUUUAUCUAUUCCAUUCAAAUUAGAAGUCAUACAUAAUCCAAUCACAUGCCCUAAUAACAUCAAUACAAUUAGGAAUUCUAAAAUCCUAUUGGUCAAGACUCGUGGAGUCCCUGUCAAGCGCCACGUGUAACUUGAGCCCGAACAGCGAACGCUCUAGAAUUUCCCCGCGAAAUCUAUUUAUUGCAUCCCCUCCCUCAACAUUCUUGUUUAAUUCGAAGAAUUUAGGAUUUUUUUUGGGAAAACUACGAAGCAGAAAUCAGUUGUUGGACAUAUUCAAUAAGAUUAAUAGAUGAAGAGACGAUUAAAAUUAUUUAUAUUUAUUGUCGGGUUACUGUUUCUUCUCACGGCAGAAUCGAAAAAAUCCGACCUUUAUAAGGUACUUGGGGUUGAUCAAAAUGCGAGUCAACGUGAAAUUCAGAAAGCUUUCCACAAGCUCUCACUCAAGUAUCAUCCUGACAAGAAUAAGAACAAGGGCGCUCAUGAGAAGUUCGCAGAGAUUAAUAAUGCAUAUGACAUUCUAUCUGAUGAGCAGAAGAGGAAAAAUUAUGAUCUUUAUGGGGACGAAAAGGGCAGUCCUGGAUUUGAUGGGGGAAACCCUGGAGACCACGGUGGAUACAGCUAUUUCACAAGUGGUGGACCAGGACAGAGUGGCUUUAAUUUCAAGCCAGGUGGAUGGCAAAAUAUGGGUGGGAAAGAGGGUUCAGAAUCAUUCUCGUUUUCUUUUAGUGGUCCUGGCUCUGGUAGUGGUAGGCAAAGCUCAUUUGGCUUUGGUUUAGAUGAUAUUUUUUCCAACUUCUUUGGAGGUGAUGCAGGAGGUGGGAAUCAGUUUGGUAGUUUCAGUAGAUCAGGCAGUUCUCAGUAUAGUGGUAGAGGGCCUUCUAAGAGUCUCCGUGCUGUAAAUUCUCAGUUGCAUAGGAAAGAAAUAAUUGAUAAAGGGAUGACCUGGCUCUUUGUAUCUCAUUCGUCCAAUCUUCAAGGAAUCCAACAUUAUGAAUCCGUUAUCGAGGAGGUUGCGAGCUCGCUACAGGGAGCAUUAGAGGUUGGUAGCAUAAAUUGCGAUAGUGAUUCAUCUUUUUGCAACGAGCUUGGUGUAUAUCCUCGCAGAGCACCAAGAGUGUUUAUUUACUCGUAUAAAUCGAGUGAGAGUGGUUCCUUGGUGGAGUACACUGGUGAUUUGGACGUGAAGAGUAUGAAAAGUUUUGUUAAAGAUUAUUUACCAAGAUUUUCAAAGCGCGUUGACUUGGGUCAUUUGGAUAUCACUUCUGAGAAUGCUGGAAGCUUACCCAAAGUGUUGCUUCUCUCGACAAAGAAGGAUACUCCUGUCAUCUGGCGUGCUCUUAGUGGGUUAUAUCGCAAACGUUUUGUAUUUUAUGAUGCUGAGGUUCAUGACAUUUCAUCUGUGAAAAAGUUAGGUGUUGAUGCACUUCCAGCCAUUGUUGGUUGGCUAUCAAAUGGAGAGAAGCAUAUCCUAAAAUCUGGGGUAUCUGUUAAAGAUCUAAAGUCCGCUAUUCAAGACCUUAGUGGCUUGCUUGACAGUUUUGAGAAAAACAAUAAAAAGGCAGCUUCAGCGAAAAAGGAGCAUACUGAAUCGGAGGAUGAACACGUAAAGUUGCUUACAGGAUCUAACUUUAAUGAUAUCUGUGGAGAGAAAACUCCUGUCUGCAUAAUUGGUGCUUUCAGGUCAUCAAAAGCGAAGGACAAACUCGGAAAGAUUCUGCACUCGGUAUCUCAGAAAUCUUUAACGAGACGGAGGAUGGCCUCAAGUUCGAGGGAUUCAGUUUCCUAUGCUCUUCUCGACGCUACUAAGCAACAACAGUUCCUGAACGCCUUUGAUAAGUCGGGAUUCAAGUCAUCAGACAGACUCCUGCUGGCGUACAAACCUAAGAGAGGAACUUAUGCUGUAUUUCAGGGUGAAGCAACCGAAGAAGAAAUAGAGAAAUUUAUAAGUUCAGUACUGAAUGGAGAUGUACAGUUUACCAAAACAAAACAGAAGCCUAGUGUAAAAUAACAGCUGACCUUAUUUGCCUUUGAAUAUAUUGGGUAUAUCGAACGCAUGCUUGAUGGCUUGCUCAUAGCGAGUAGGCUAACUAUCUCCAGUUCCAUGCAAAUUUGCCAUUUUUGGGACUUGCCGGAGAGAAUUUUCAGAAGGCAUUGCUAGAUGGUCUUUCACUAUUGGGAAACAAAACAACACGAACCACAUACCACUUUUGAGUCGAUCUUCAGCUACACUUGCGCCUGAUUCAUCACGAGGAGAACUUCCCGUUCGCCUAGGAACAAUUUUGUGCCUGUACAUUCGAUUGUUAUAAGUACAUAAUAAUUUACA